AUGGAAGAUAUUCUGGCCGACACCCACUUGCUGGGCAGAAACUUCUUUGAGCAACUAUACCGUAGGAACAACUCAGUAACGACGUUAGUUUCUGCUGAGGCCCGAUACGUUGAGCCCGGCUACCAUGAGUGUUACGUGGUCGGUGCGCCGUACAAGGAAUCCUCAAGCGUAUGGGACCGCGCGCAUGUUGUCGGGAUCGAUAUUCCUCCUGAUCCAGAAUUUAGCUACAAAGAAGGUGUAGAGCGACUUUUGGAUCUUGCCAGGGAGGUGUUCCUACACCAACCAACAAGAGUCUACCUGUUCGGUCUCUUCGAGACGGGCAAGCAGAGGGAGUUUUGGGUCUUUGACAGGACUGGACUCUACCGAUCGGGAUUGUUCGACGAUGAAUGCAACCUCCAAGCCUUACUCGAUCGGUAUGGAAACAUGACUGAGCUUGAGCUUGGCAAGAAUCCAUUUAUCAAGCAAGAGCUCGGUGGGCCCCAGUAUAUGUACAUCAAGGGCGAUGAGUCCCAAAUGGCGCCUUACGAGUCCGAUUGCAGCAGGGGAUACAAACUUGUCCUCGACGAAAAACCUGUCUCAAUCCCUCGCGAAAUUGUCAGUGUAAGGCCGACUUGGUAUCGCGCCACAGACAAAUUCAACAACAUGUUUCUUGUCAGAUUUUCAGGAAAGAAACUAAACCAGGAUGAAGAAAAGUUCCUGCGUCGAACCAAGGAGCGUAAUGUCUGGGGCAUCAUGCAUCCCAUCGACUACCAAUAUAUCGAGGCCGGGCGCCUAUCUUGUACAGUCAUGCCCCGCUUUGGUCGCCCCAUCGCCUACUAUGACACUGUCUUGGAGGUUCUCGAAUGCAUGCGUGACGCAAUCAAGGCUCACCGAUCGCUGUACACAGAUGCCAAGAUUCUUCAUCGGAAUAUCUGCUUACACAACCUCUUCAUCCCCCACCCCGAAAAUAACAGCCCAGACGCUUCCAAAGGAAUUCUCUUCGGUUUUGACACCGCCAUGGACUUGGAGAUCGAACCCAAGAAACCCUACCAGCUGGAUGGGACCGAGUCAUUCGUUGCCAUUGACUUAUCGCGCAGCAGCGACGGUCGCGUUGUUCCUACAUAUCGCCACGAUCUCGAGUCUUUCUUCUACGUGUUCUUGUUCAUAGCAAUCGGUGGACAUCGGGGGCUACCUGGCGAAAGUCGAUUGAAGCUGUGGCGGGCCGGGGUCACGACCUGGUCAGAGAUCGCUGAGAAUAAAAGAAAGGACAUUUCCAGCAACGACAACUUUGCUGCCAUCCUUGCCGAGUUUCGCCAAGAGUUCAAGGGUCUAGAGAGUCUGGCUUAUGCCCUUCGCGAUGUGCUCUUCUUCCCUGAUGGAAACAAUUUCUUUACAGGCACGAAUAUGGACGUCGAGGCCACGGAAAAGCUGUAUGGUGGCAUGAUUGGCGCGUUUGAGAAGGCGGUUAUUGAGAAAAGAGACUAA